AUGCGGCGCGCGGCGGCGGAGGCGAAAGCGAUGGAACCGCUGCGUGCGCUGGCGUUCGCUCAGUCGGUCAAGUACUACUGCUCCGUGUGCGAGCACGCCUACGAGACGACGUCGGACGCGAACCCGUUAUGGACGCUCGCGCGCCACAGCUGCCCCCAGUGCGGCGCGCUCCAGUACCCGGAGAUCGAGAUCGACGACAUCUCGCUGCCGACGGCCGAGGCGCGCGCGCCCGACGACGCGUCGACGCUGUCCCAUGCCCAGGGCGACGGCGCGCGGUCGCCGCCGCGGCCCGCGGCGCUCGGCCGCGCGGCCGCCGCCGACGACGGCGAGGUGCUCCUCCGCGCCGACGCGCCGCGGAAGCGCAGCGCGCCCGACGACGACGCGUCGACGAUGUCCCACGCCCAGGGCGCGGCGCUCCUCGAGCUCUUCGACCACGUGCGGAGCUGCCCCGGCCGCCACCAGUCCGCGGCCCACGCGCGCGUCUGCGCGGGCGCCAAGUUCGUCAUGCUCCACGCGCGCGACUGCGACGCCGCGCCGGGCACCUGCGGCGUCGAGUGGUGCGGCGCGGUCAAGGGCCUCCUCUCGCGCGUCGUCUGCGGCCAGCAGGGCGACAAGUGCGUCGUCUGCGCGGAGCCGUCCGAGGCGAUGGACGUGGGCGACGCGUCGCCGCCCACGGUGUCGCCGGACGCCAUGGACGUGGACGACGCGUCGCCGCCCAGGGCGUCGUCGGACGCGCCGAUGGCCGACGCGCCGCCGGCGGAGCCGCGCGUCGGUGCGGCCGCGCCGUCGCCGCCCCAGUCGACGGACCGGGCGUUCGAGGCGCCCACGGCCGUGCCGUCGCCGGUCCGCGCGUCGCCGUCGCGGGGCGGCGCGCCGUCGUCGCGGCGCCUCGCGGACAUCACGAUGUCGGAGAACGUCGAGAUGGACUUCCCGCGUGACUUCUGCUUCGCCGACGAGCUGCGGCGGCGGGGCGACGCCGCGUGA